UUUUCCUCCCUGCUCUUUCUCGUCUGACCGAGAACAGUACUCCGAAAGUAUUGGAGCUGAAACUAAAUUUCAACCUUUUUCAAACGGAGAAAACCUGCGACUUUGCCUUGAAAACGUCCACGUAAAACUCUUGGCCCACUUUUCUGCCACAUUGGAGUCGUUUUCCGCCGACAUCGAGCGAAGAGGUGCUGCCGUUCCCAGGCCUCCAUUCCACGGCAGAGGGAGGAGAGGAGGUCGCUGGGAAUCGGAAUGGAGACAGCACACUCAGCAGUGGGUGUCAGUGGGCCUGGUGGACCGGACGGACCGGCCACACCAGGAGUCCGGUUUGGAUGCGCCUCAUUCAACCAAGACUCCACGUCAUUGGCUUUUGGAACUAAGACUGGGUACAAGCUGUUUUCUCUGACCACAGUGGAUAAACUGGACUGCAUCCAUGAAAGUGCAGAAAGUUCCAACGUCUACAUUGUGGAGCGUCUCUUUUCUAGCAGUCUGGUCGUUGUUGUAAGCACCACUACGCCGCAGCUCAUGAACAUCUACCAUUUCAAGAAGGGCACAGAGAUCUGCAACUACAGCUACCCCAACAACAUCCUGGCUGUCAAGCUCAACAGACUUAGACUUGCUGUGUGCCAUCUGGAAUCCAUUUAUAUCCACAACAUCAAAGACAUGAAACUGCUCAAGACUCUCCUCAAUAUUCCACCCAACCCUUCUGGCCUCUGUGCAUUAUCUACCAAUCAUUCCAACUCCUACCUAGCAUACCCUGGCAACGCCACAAUGGGAGAGAUAAUUGUUUAUGAUGCCAACAAUAUGAGCACAGUGACAAUGGUCCCUGCGCAUGACAGUCCUCUGGCAGCUCUUUGCUUCAAUGCCUCAGCCAACAAACUUGCCAGCGCCUCAGAGCGGGGCACUGUCAUCCGAGUGUUUUCCAUCCCUGAGGGCUUGCGUCUGUUUGAGUUCCGUCGUGGCAUGAAGAGGUACGUCAACAUAAACUCUUUGUCCUUUAGCCCUGAUGCCCAGUUCCUCUGUGCAUCCAGCAACACAGAAACAGUACAUAUCUUUAAACUGGACCAAGUGGGACCAAGUGGAGAUGAGACUGCCAGUUGGUCAGCCUACGUGGGAAAGAUGUUCACAGCAGCCAGCAGCUACCUACCUGCUCAAGUAUCUGGUAUGAUGAGCCAGGACCGCGCCUUUGCCACAGUUCACCUUGUCACAUUGGGCCAGAGGAAUGUCUGUGCCCUGGCCAUGAUCCAGAAACUUCCACGUUUACUUGUGGCCACAGCUGAUGGUCAGCUUUUCAUCUACAAUGUGAAUCCAGAAGACGGAGGCGAGUGCAUGUUGGCAUACCAUCACAGGCUUUUUAGCGAUGAUAACUUGGAUGAGGGUGAUUAUCAAGAAGCUAAGGGAUCAGAAAUCUCAGUGCCACCACAGGCAUGUCCAUCAUAUGCUGCAACUGUUGCUUUACCAGCCUCUGGUCCCAAAACAGCGACUCUUACUGAAAUACACUGUACAUGAGUACCUUUUCACUACCAGUGCUCCUUUUGGAUACGAUAUUGAGCAGUAAGUUAAGUGGGUCGGUCACGUGGCCUAAUAAGCCUUAAAUAAUGAAAAUUCUGAAUUUAUUUUCUUAUCCAUCCAUUUUCUGAGACGCUUAUUCUCACAAGGGUCAUGGGGAGUGCUGGAGCCUAUCCCAGCUGUCAACGGGCAGGAGUCGGGGUAAACCCUGACUGGUUGCCAGCCAAUCGCAGGGCACAUCGAUACAAACAGCCGCACUCACAAUCACACCUAGAGUCUCCAAUUAAUGUUGCAUGUUUUUGGGGGGAUGUGGGAGGAAACCAGAGUGCCCGGAGAAAACCCACGCAGGCACAGGGAGAACAUGCAAACUCCACACAGGCAGGUCCGGGUUUGUGAGGCCAACGGUUUACCAGCUGCCCCACUGUGCCAUCUUAUUUUAUUAUAUGUAUAUAGUUUGUGUGCAAAUAAUUACAAUCCUACGAUUGGCUGGCAACCAGUUCAGGGUGUACCCCACCUCCUUCCCGAAGGUACCUGGGAUGAGCUCCAGCACUCCUGCGACUCUUGUGCGUUUAGCCAGUGAUUCCCAAUCUUUAUUGAGCCAAGGCACAUACCAGUAUCUUAUAUUUGAAAAACCUUACGGCACACCCACAAAAAGUCACAACAACUGGAUACACAAGUUAAUCAUACACUUUCUGUAAUCUAAUAGAAUAGCAUUUAUUUGUUCUGACUGUCUUUGUAUGCCGCUACCAUAGAUUGAUGAACAAAGAUACAUUAUUUUUUGAAAAUAAAUAAAACAUUGGCCAAUUUCAUUAAAUUUGAUGAUUUUUCUGCGGCACACCAUAAUCACUUACACAACACAGUAAUGUGCUAUGGAACACUGGUUGGGAAUCACUGUGUUAAGUGGCUUGGAUAAUGGAUGGAUGGAUAAUUAAGAGUACAUUUACAAAGUAUUCACUUGUAUUGAUUAUUAUCUUGUUGCAACUGUUGUUUUAAAUCAUUUAGGCAAUCUGAAAUGUCCCAUAUUAUACCAAACCAUUUUUUCCCAGUAUUCGGGAUAUUAUAUUGGCUCAAAGGUGCCUCAGCAAACAUAAAAUAUGAAUUAAAAUCGUUCACGCAUUUCUGAGUUAGACAUUUUUCUGCCAAGAGGCCUGAAGUCAGGCCACAACUGAUGUGAUCUGGAUUUUUUGGGGGCGUGGGAGGGAUAAACGCUCAUAUUUAUUUGACAAAGUUGUCAGAUGGAUGCCCUUCCUGACGCAACCUUCUGCAUUUUUUAUGCUUGGGAUCAGCCUACAGUUUGCACUGGCUUGUGCUCCCCAUUGAGCUGCAUUUAGCAAAAAUGACUCUAUGAGGGAAGCAUUCAGCUGCACAAUUAGGAGCACAUCUACAAUUAUUUGAUGAUUGAUUGUGCUUCAAAUUAGCUUGUACAUCUCAAUAAAUAAGUGACUGACAACUUU